UAUUUAUAAGUUCUUCUUCUUCUUCUUCUUCUUCUCCAUCGUCCAUUUCUUCUCUCAAAAACCCACCCACUGCAACCACCUCCGCCGCAGCUCCGACCACCAAAACCCAUAAUUCAUAACCCCCAAAUGGGCAAGGCCUUCAAAUGGUUCCGUGGCCUUCUGGGUCUCAAAAAACCCGACCCACCGUUCACACCUUCUCCUUCUAAGCGCAAGCACAAGUCCUUCAAAGACAAGAACAAGCUCCGCCACCGUGACGCCCUCACCCCCUCCCUCGCCGUCGUCAAGCUGCCCAGCAACGGACAGACCGUGCCCAUCACGGCGGUUCACACCCUCACCUUCCACGAGGCCGACUUUGCCGCCACCAAAAUUCAGGCUGCAUUUCGUGGAUUUCUGGCAAGGAAGGCAUUGAGGGCACUAAGAGGGUUGGUGAGACUUCAGGCAUUGGUUCGAGGCCAUAUCGAGAGGAAGCGGACGGCUGAAUGGAUACAACGAAUGCAGGCGUUGCUAAGAGCACAAACACGGGCACGAGCGGGCUGGAGUCGAUCGGCUUCUGAGUUGUUGCAUUCAGAUAUCAAAUUUUCUAGCUUCUCGUCGCCUGCAGCAACUAAUCCAUUUUCCUGUGAAACACAGUCCUUUAGUCCAUUUGAAUUCCUUCAUGAAGUUGAGGAAAGCUCUUUCUUUCCUGGUACGAGUACAAAGAAAAACCCCGUCACCCCGACCAGUACGAGGAGCUAUUUCAUUGGCGACUCGGAAUAUCCGAGCUACAUGGCCUGCACUGAAUCCUCAAGAGCCAAAAUGAGAUCUCAUAGCGUUCCGAGACAGCAUCCUCAAUAUGAGAGAUCGAGCUCCGCUAAGCGGAGUUCUAUAUACGUUGUUGAGGAAUCGAGAUCAAGUGAACUGCAGGUAUCAAGAUUACAAUCAAAUUUUGUUGGCAAAGCCUACCUUGGUUCUGGUCUACUGGACAAACAUGGUAUGCCUGUGAGUUACAGAUACUGAUGCCAUCCUUAUCUUGCUAACUGAUAUUGCUAGUCCUAAUAAUAAUUGGUGUGUCGAUGUCGAUCGAAUUCGAACUUUGAGACUCGGGGACGGUCGAGUUUAUAUCUCUAGAACUAGAUAUACAUCAUUGUUCUUAGAAAUUUUCAUGUUAGUAGGUUCUAUCUAUUAGCAUGGUAAUGUAUAUUCUUUUGUUCUCUACCUGCCUUGGUUUUUCUCUUACUGACCCCGAAAAGUGACUCGACGACGGCCAUUCGAUCUGCCUCGA